UUUGUCGAUUACAGAUGGACUUAUAUAAUCGAUUUUGCAAUGUCACGGUGAGAGCAGGGGUUAGGGUUUUUAUGGCUCGCUUCUAAGAGUCGACUGCUCACUCAGCCUUCGAACCUACCCUAGUAACCUUAUCUCCGUCGACAAUGGCUGUUGGGAAGAAUAAGAGAAUAUCGAAGGGAAAGAAAGGAGGGAAGAAGAAGGCGGUUGACCCCUUUGCUAAGAAGGACUGGUAUGAUAUCAAGGCGCCUUCAAUCUUCAGCAACAGAAAUGUUGGAAAGACCCUUGUUUCAAGAACGCAGGGAACCAAGAUUGCUUCUGAGGGUCUCAAGCACAGAGUAUUCGAGAUUUGCCUUGCCGAUCUUCAGAAUGAUGAGGAUCAGUCUUACAGGAAGAUCCGCCUGAGAGCUGAGGACGUGCAGGGAAAAAAUGUCCUUACUAACUUUUGGGGGAUGGAUUUUACGACAGACAAGUUAAGGUCUCUGGUGCGUAAGUGGCAGACUUUGAUUGAGGCACAUGUAGAUGUGAAGACUACCGACAACUACACUUUAAGGAUGUUCUGCAUUGGAUUCACUAAGCGGCGGCCAAACCAGGUUAAGAGAACCUGUUAUGCCCAAACAAGCCAGAUCCGUCAGAUUCGUCGUAAGAUGAGAGAGAUUAUGGUUAACCAAGCAGCCUCAUGUGACUUGAAGGAGUUGGUACAGAAGUUCAUACCGGAGAUGAUUGGGAAGGAGAUUGAGAAGGCCACCUCCAGCAUUUAUCCUCUACAGAAUGUCUUUAUUCGGAAAGUCAAGAUAUUGAAGGCUCCCAAAUUUGAUCUUGGCAAGUUGAUGGAGGUUCAUGGAGAUUACUCAGAGGAUGUUGGUGUGAAGGUUGACAGGCUGGCAGAGGAACCAGUGGUAGAGGAGACUGAGCUAGUUGGAGCUUAAAUGAAGGUUUUUCAUCUUUUUUACGCAUCUUUUUUAAUCUAGUCUGGGAAGUGUUAUGUAUCUUGAGAAACCUAACCAGGUGUAAGGAUUUUGGCUUUAAGAUUGAGAUGGUCUUGUUUUAAAGAGGAACAUGGGUUUUGCCUCCCAAUAUAUUAUUUUAGUUUCAGUAA